GGCGCGGAGGGCCCCGGCGCGCCCGCCCGCGGGAGGGCGCCCCCCGGACACCCCUUCCCGGGCGCCCUGCGGGGCCCCUUCUCCCCGUUCCGGUACGAGCCGCCCCCGACGGCGGCGGCGGCGGCGGCGGGCGAUCUGGAGGAGUUCCCGGGGGUCUUCGAGGGCGGGGGCUCGCGGAAGCGGAAGAGCAUGCCCACCAAGAUGCCCUCGGCCCGCCCGGCGGAGGACGCCCCCCGGGGCCGGGGACCCCCCGACCUCCCCACGCUGCCCCCCCCACCGCCGCCGCCGCCCCCCCCGCCCCCGCCGCGGCGGGCCGCGCACCCCGACGGCGGCGGCUCCCACAUGAUCGACCUGUGCCACGCGGGCUUCCAGCUCUGCCGCGCCCCGGAGCCCCCGCCGGGGGGCAAGGCCGUCAAGCAGGAGCCCCUGCGGCCCAGCGCCGUGUGGGCGCCGCCCGCCUUCCUGCCCGCGCCCUACCCCUACUACCCCAAGCUGCCCGCGGGGCUGGUGCUGCCGUUCCUGGUGGCGGCGUCGGCCUUCCCGCCGGGGCCUCCGCCGGCCGUGGGCGUUCCCGGAGCAGGCCCCUCCCCCGGCGCCGGCCCCGCCCCCGGCGCCGGCCCCGCCCCCGGCCCCGCCCCGGCCCCGCCCCGGGCGCAGCGCGUGGACGUGAACGUGCAGAUCGACGACAGCUACCUGGUGGACGUGGGCGGGCCGCAGAAGCGCUGGCAGUGCCCGAGCUGCGACAAGUCGUACACGUCCAAGUACAACCUGGUGACGCACAUCCUGGGCCACCGCGGCGUGAAGCCGCACGCGUGCGCGCGCUGCGGCAAGCUCUUCAAGCAGCUCAGCCACCUGCACACGCACCUGCUCACGCACCAGGGCGCGCGCCCGCACCAGUGCCGCGUCUGCCGCAAGGCCUUCACGCAGACCAGCCACCUCAAGCGCCACAUGAUGCAGCACGGCGCCGUCAAGCCGCACAGCUGCCGCGUCUGCGGCCGCGGCUUCGCCUACCCGAGCGAGCUCCGCGCCCACGAGGCCAAGCACGCGGGCGCGCGCGACCACGUGUGCGUCGAGUGCGGCCUCGACUUCCCCACGCUCGCGCAGCUCAAGCGCCACCUCGCCGCGCACCGCGGCCCCGUCCAGUACCGCUGCGCCGACUGCGACAAGGCCUUCCAGUACCCCAGCCAGCUGCAGAACCACAUGAUGAAGCACAAGGACAUCCGGCCCUACAUCUGCUCCGAGUGCGGCAUGGAGUUCGUGCAGCCCCACCACCUCAAGCAGCACGCGCUCACCCACAAGGGUGUGAAGGAGCACAAAUGUGGGAUCUGUGGACGGGAGUUCACCUUGCUGGCCAACAUGAAGAGACACGUGCUGAUCCAUACCAACAUCCGUGCCUACCAGUGCCACCUGUGCUACAAGAGCUUCGUGCAGAAGCAAACCCUCAAGGCACACAUGAUCGUCCACUCGGAUGUGAAGCCCUUCAAGUGCAAGCUGUGCGGGAAGGAGUUCAACCGGAUGCACAACCUGAUGGGCCAUAUGCACCUACACUCGGACAGCAAACCCUUCAAGUGCCUCUACUGCCCGAGCAAGUUCACCCUGAAGGGAAACCUGACUCGCCACAUGAAGGUCAAGCACGGCGUGAUGGAACGCAGCCUCCACUCUCAAGGUUUGGGAAGGGGGAGAAUCUCCCUGGCACAGACGGCCAGCGUCCUGAGGGGUCUGGAGCAGGAGGAGCCUUUCGACCUGUCCCAGAAGCGAGGGGUAAAGAGGCCCCCGUUCAAUUCGGAUGAAGAGAGCACUCAGGGCAGCCCCUGCCACGAGGAGGAGGAAGAUGAGGAUGGGGACCAUUGCUCUGAGGCAGAACCCCUCAGCCCUGCUGUGCCCCCGGAGAGCCAGCAGUCCUGUGCAUCCCAGGAUCUGUCCACCAAGCCUGAGCAGGGCCUUCAGGGGCCAGGGGAAGCCUGCGAGGAAGAGGAGGACGGGCCCAAGGCACAGGAGGAGAGGAACAAGGACCUCGAGGGCCCCGGGGGCAGCCGGGGGAGAGACUGCGCCCGCAGGGAUGAGCACCUCGGGUUUUUCCAGAGUGCCCGGCGGGGCCCCUCGUUUUCUGAUUACUUAUACUUCAAGCACAGAGAUGAGAGUUUUAAAGAAUUACUGGAGAGAAAGAUGGAAAAGCAAGCAGUGCUUUUGGGUAUCUAAAGUGGAGAGUUUUUAAAUUACCUUUGGAAAAUGAGAAGUAGGUCAUUCAAAUCCAGCUUUCUGCAUGAACAGCCGUUUGCCGGGGAUUGGAGAGGGGCGUCAGUCUUCACAAAUGGCUCAGGCUGAAUGAGCAGGUGAUGGAAAUGCAUCUCAGGUCCCACUGCAGCCUCGCUCACUUUCACACGUGGAGCGCCUUCAAGGGCAUUUUAUGCCGCAGCCAUGCAAUAAACUAUGCAUAUUCUUCUAGCUAUCUAGUUGAUUGCAAGCUGAUUCUGAGGUGCUGUGAGAAGUUGUUUUCCUUUGACUAGCACUCAGCACACAGUAAAUUUCCUUCUUGCCACAAAAACUAUCGUGUUUGAGGUGUGACCUUAUUAAUAACGGUUUAGUUGAAUUUGUGGAAGUUACACUAUUUUUUGUCCACAUAGGAGAACAUAUUAGUAGUUGUAGAUAUAAAAAUAGCCUUCAGCAAAUAGUAAAAUACUAGCAAUACUGCAGGAUGAUGAACUCUGGGAAAGGUUGCUCUUUUUCUGUGCAUGUCCUAGGACUUGAACUUGGGGCCUGGACACUGUCUCUGACAUUUUUUUGCUCAAGGCUAGUGCUCUACCAC